GUUAGGAUGAGAUCUCGCACUCCUCCACGGUAUUCAAGAUGGCGGCCAUAACAAGGAGGCUCCUGGUUGUUAUCGUAUAUUCAAUGCAGUUUUUAUUUAUCUUAGCCUUCCUCAACAUUGAAGAGCUCAAUGAGAUGAAAUACGGUAUUGAGAUCCUCUCAGAUCCCAUCAUUAAAGGGCAGUCAAAAUCGGAUGAUAUCGUAAUAGUUUCUUCAAAAUAUAAGCAGAUGUAUGAGUGCAAGCUGCCAGCUCAAGCCAUGAAGUUUCAGCAGGACUCUGAAAAUGAAGAACAGUCUUACACUGGGCUAGACAUUUCUGAACUGUUGAAGCCAAUGCAUUCAGCACCUUGCCUUGUAAAGGUCAAGGAGUGGUGGACAUAUGAGUUUUGCUAUGGCCAGUAUAUCAAGCAGUAUCACACAGAAGAUUCUGAAGUUAAAGGAGAUGUGAUGUAUCUUGGGUUUUAUGAAUCUGAAUUUGACUGGAACAAUGAAACUGCAAAGGCUUCAAAACAACAUAAACUGAAGAGAUAUCAUAGUCAGACUUAUGUCAAUGGAUCGAAGUGUGACCUUAAUGAAAAGCCAAGAGAGGCUGAAGUGAGAUUUAUGUGUGAAGAAGGAUCGGGAGAUUUCAUAGCUCGAGUUGAUGAGCCUCAGUCUUGCAACUAUAUGCUAACGGUCCACACCACUCGUAUCUGCCAUCAUCCUUACUUGCGUCCUGCUGUUGUUUCCAAGCCUCAUCCAAUUAAGUGUCAGCCUGCCCUCAGCCCAGAGCAAUAUGUUGAAUACGUCAAGGCCCAAGUCUCUGACACCAAGCGCAAAGUAGAAAAAAUCUCAGAAGAAUUGAAAACCUUGGAUGAAAUGUUGUUGAAAGACCAAAGUACAGAGAGCAAGGAAGAGAAUGAUCUGACUCAGGAACCUGAAAAUAAAGCUGAGGAACUUCCAAGUAACAAUGAGAAUAUAUUUGAAUUGGAAGAAAGCGAAGCUUUAAAUUCGCAUGAAGCGAUUGAAGAGGAUGAUUAUGGUGAGGAUUUCUGGAAUAAAAUCAGCAAACCAGAGACUGAUGAUCCCUUUUCAGAAGAAAGCCUAGAAGAGGCUGACUCUAAGCUGAACGAUGCAGUUAAAACUGAAGAUGAUGAUCUUCUAGGUAACCAAGGAAGGCAGAAAAUGCAAUUCAGAAUAAUACGGAACCAUGAAGAUUUUGCAAAAUUAGUUCAAGAAUUAAAAGACCAAGCUGAAAAGCGGAAAGGUGAAGACAAGGAUCCAGCUACCAAGAGUUCUGCACAACAUUCUGAAGAACCCACUGACCAAGAUUCCUCAGAACAACAAGAGGAUACAGCUGAUGAUGAUGAUGAUGAGAAUGAGCUCCUCAAUGAUUUUGUAAAAGAACUGGAUGAAGUAUCUCUGCCAAAAUCAAAAAUGGCUGAAAUUAAAAGGGAAGUGAAGGAAGAAAUGGAAAAAGAAUUUGAAAAUCUUAUUGAUGAAGCACAAGAUGAACUUGAAGCAGAGGGCCUCAAAGGAGAAUUUGAUCGCAAUCAAGCCUCUAAGACCUUGGUUACUACCCUAAACAAACUUAUAGACAAGCUUGAAGACAAAGAAACUUCAGACAAAGAGGAGGAUAGUGACUCAGCAAAGGGUAGUCCCAGUCACUCGCCAAAACAGACAGCAGAGACUGAUGAAGAGACUGAAGGGCACGUUAAAGUUCGAGUCACAAAAAUCAACCCAGGCAGUCCACUGCAUAAAGAGAUGAAAGUGCGUGAAAUGAGUGGCACAGACCCCCAGCUCAGGCAGAUUCAGAAUGUGGUGAAAGAACAGCUGGAGAAAGCAGGAUUGAAAGCAGAAGGUAAAAUUGAGGUGAAGAUUGUAACAACUGGAUCACUCGGAGAUGACGACGAUGAUAUGCAUUGGCUAUCAGAAGAAGAUACUAAAUCUUUCAGAGAGCUUCUCAUCAACUUAUUGACUGGUGGCAGUGAAGAGGUUUAUAAAGAACAACAGAGGCAGCAGCAGUUGGAGGAUAAUUACCGCUUUGUGUGGGGUGAAAGCCAAGAAGAAGCGCAGUCAUCGAGUAGCACAGAUUCUGAUGAUAUGGACUUCUAGAGGCACAUGGCUCUCAGUACAAAUCAAGCACAUCUUUGGAUGUUAGCACAUGAACCAGCCAAUUUGCACUUUGCCAUGUGUAAUGGCAUGUAUUUUUGUGAUCGCUGAUCACAGUCAAUAAUAAAUGAACCUGCAGAAGAAUGGUCAUAAUUUUCUAUUUUUAUUGAUGAGCUAAAAUGGAAUUGUUUAUCUGAUACAGUCCUUUUUGUGUAUUGGAAAUGUGUAUGGACAAUGCUAAUAUGAAUGUGUUUCUUACAAAUGAGCCUUGCCACCAGGACAUCAAGGCAGGCAGUUCAGGCUUCCUCCUUGACAGAGAGACAUGUUUUCAUUAGGGGCAAGGACUAUUCAUAAUUUGGAGAGUGAGAACUCUAUGUAAUGAAUGUAAUGUUUUGUUUUAAUUCCAAAAAAUGGAUUUCUUAGUUGAAAGUAGAAAGCUAGGCAGAUAAAGAAUCUAAAACUGAGAAUGCUGAGCAACCCGGUGACUGAAAUCAUAUUGUGAUCACUACAUUAUCAGUUUAGAGGCAGCUGAAGUUUCAGAUAAAGCCCUCAGUUCCAAUCUUUUAGAUGGUCUCGUUAGCUUCAGGUUGUUGGGAGGAGUGUAGUUCUUUCCCAGUGGUGAUAUUUCAGCCUUGUUAGCCAAAGUCAGAGACCUUGAAUAACCCAAUUCUUGUAUACAAACCAAUGACCAAGAUUGCCUUGUAAUUUUGAAAUGGCAACUUGCUGCUAAAAGUGUGGACAACUUAACAACAGCAUUCAUCUUGCCUUUAGUAAUUACAUACCAGAUCUUUGUCUCUGGUAACUAACCAAUCGUUUUACUGAAAUUUGUAUGUAUGUUUGCCUCUUACCUUUUAAUGAUAUUUUUCUGCUAGUUGCUUUAAAUCAGAAUGUAUGAGUUUGUGAAAAAUGCAACAAUUGUAAUGAAAGAUU